AUAAUGUAAACAUCAACACCCUCUCUCUCUCUUUUGAUUUAAUUGUUCUAUUCUAUUUAUCUAUAUUUCUGUUGUAUCCAAAAGUGGAAAUGAUUCCUUGGUUUAUCAUCAAGCAUUACGUUCAAAAACAUUCCAAAUUCAGCUCCUGUGUUGCUGUUCUGCUUGUUUUCACACUCCUAUAUUACAGCUAUAUUAAGAUAUUAUUUGCAGCAUGGUCUUUUAUAAUAGGAGUAGCUGUCUCAUACUGUUUACUCAGUGCCGAAAUGCUUGUGCCAAACUUUUUACCAAUGUACUCCAGAAAAAGAAAGGGUGAUUAUGGUGAUGAUGAACUAGCUAUGAUGAAAACCGUAUGCACGGUUUGUGGUCAGCGAAACUGUCCAAGACAUAGACCUGAAUUAAAUAUUCUAGCAUUUCAACCAUGGACAAAUAUUGAAAUAAGAGAAAAAGUCAAUCAAGCUUUAGAAGAGUUUGGAGAAAUAGUCAUGAAAGAAUUUGUUUAUACUUGGUACAAAGAUUUAAGUGUAGAUGAAGAAUUUACUGAAGAGUUAAGAACAAGUAUAAAAUUUUUAACAGCAGUAUUAUUUCGUAGAGCUAAAAAGCUUGAUAUUCCUAAUUUAAUCACAGAAAAAAUUAUAAAGGCAGCUUUACAACAUUUAGAUUGCUGUAUAAAAGCUCAAAAACAAGUUUCAGAUGGAAGAGAUAUUCAACAAGCCACUUUAGAUUAUUUAGGUUCUGAUGUUCACACUGCAAUGUGGAGUAGAAAAGCAGAAGUUGAAUAUUUGCGCUGUUUGGUGGAGAGUUUAUUUCCAUAUAUACUUAAACCAGAAGCUCUGCAUUCGAAGAGUAUGUGUACUUUAGUUAGAGAAAUAUUAGCUGGAUCUGUUUUAUUACCAGCUAUGGAUGCUAUAGCUAAUCCUGAUAUGGUGAAUAAUUUAAUAUUGAUAUUUCUAGAUGAUACUCCGCCACCAGAAGCCACAGAACCACCAUCACCCUACGUACCAUUUCUACAUACAUUUACUCAACAUGUUGAUAAAACAAUGUCUUGUCUGAGAUUAGAAUUAAAAGAUAUACUUGAACAACCGGUGUUAUUGUACUCAUUCAUGCAGUUUUUAAAGAAAGAAGCAGCUGUUAAUGUUCUGCAGUUCUGUCUAUCAUGUGAGGAUUUUAAUAAAAGAAUUCUUAGUCCCGAUGUAUCACAGAGUGAAUUUGUCGAAUUACAUAGUAUGGCUAAAGAUUUAUAUAAGAGUUAUUGUGAUCCGAAUGCCCUUGAUAGAAUCAAUUUUAGUGAGAAGAUAAUAAAUGAAUUGAGUGAUGUUAUUAAUAGUCCUCCAGAACAGAUUGUACGUCUUCGAACAUCAUUUACCAUGUUUCAGGCUUAUGAACAUGCCUAUGAUUUAUUAGAGAACACCUUUCUUCCUCUCUUUCAUCAAAGUGAUGAUUAUUAUACUAUGUUAUGUGGUGAUAGAUCUGGCUCCCAGUCUUCUAGAAACUCAUCAAGAUUAGCGAAAAAGAAAGAUGUAUUAUCUAAUCUAGGUAGUAAAUUAAAGGGUGUGUUUAAGGCCAACACAGGUGAAGAGAAAUUGCAUGGUUUAGAAUUUAGUGAUACAGAUCUUGCACUUCCAACUAAUUCUUCUUCUGUUCAUAAUGAUGAAGAUUUAGAUGAUGACAUCAUUGAUAAAGGUCAUCCUAAACAUGAUCUCAGCACUUGGAGAGUUACCAUUCCAAUGAUUGGCGCUAGACCAGAUCCUGAAAAUAUGAAGAGACAGUAUUUUGUAUUUAUUAUAGAAAUUGGUCGAGCAGAUGUUCCUGAUGGUGAAGCAGAGAAAGCGAACUGGACAGUAGCAAGAAAAUAUGGCGAAUUUUACGUUCUUGAACAAAAAUUAACAGAGUUUCAUGGAGAAUUCACAGAUUGUCUAUUACCAGCUAGAAAAUCAUUUGGUACCAAGAAUCAGGAUUUUAUUGAAGGGAAAAAGGAAGUAUUUGAACUGUACCUUCAAAAAUUAUUAACCAAACCUAAUCUGAAGGGUAGUGAAUUAUUAUAUAGUUUUUUAACAUCACAGAGCGAGUUUAAUACUAGCUUUUUACCUGAUAUAAAUAUAGGAAAGUUUGUGAAAUCUAUGCCAAUGAAACUAGUAAAAGAGAAAGGUCAACAUUUAGAUCCUUUCCUUCAAGCUUUUUCAAUAUCAACAGAAGCUCCAAAACCUCGAUCCAGUAUUCCUGAAAGACGAGGAUCAGAUGCGUCUCAGAGAUCAACAGGCAGUGAAAGGCUUAGCAGUAAUUUAUUUGGAAACAAUGCUGAUUGUGGAUUUCAUCCGAAGAAAACAUCAGAUCGACCACCAGCUGGAAUUCUGGAAGUGGAGGGCGUUUUCGAUUCUCUUGUAUAUAUUGCAUCACUUGUAUAUAAUGUACCAAAAUGGUUUUAUAGUUUAUUGAUGACAUUACGAAUAUUAUUUAAAGAAACUCUAGAAUCCUUUAUAAAUUGGUAUAUAAAUUAUAAAGUUAGUCAAGUUACUCAGGAACAUAGACUAGUCAGCAUUAUACAUCUAUUACGAGAUGUUUUAUUUUUUGAUACUGAUCCUCCAAGAACUGAUGAUCAGAAGAAAACAAGGUUAGAAGAAACAGAACAAGGUUGUUUAGAUUAUGUACCAAAAUUUUUUGUUGCUGUCAUAGGAAAUAAAAUACACGAAGAAAGAACGAAAUCUGUAUUAAAUAUACUUCAACAACCAAAGCUUAACAAACAGUUAUCAUAUGUCUUACUGGAUAUACUCAUUACAGAACUUUUUCCAGAAUUACUGGUGGAAGAUAAAACUGUGCAAUAGAUUUUAUAAUUGUUCAGUGGCAUAAUCUGUGAUAUUAAUUAUAUAUAUAUAAUAUAUAUAACUGUGGACGUUUUGGUGAUACUCAUUUUACAUAGAUUGUACAUAUAUUAUACAUAAUAUGUUGUAUACAUACAUAACCCUUGACCACACUUACGAUUGCACAAUUUAUUUUAAAAUAAUGCAUUUUAUUGGUUUACAAUGAAACAAUGAAUCAAAUUUGAUUUUAUUUAUUUCUCUAUACAAUUGUAUAAUAAUGUUUUUUGCUUAAAUGAAUAUUGAUUGUUGACAUUAUCUAUCAAAUAGAAAGAUAUAAGAAGACUGUGUUAAGAUGCAUUAUGUAAGAUUUAGAUAAAGAGCUAACCCUUCUUGCUAUAAAAGUUCAAAAAUAGAUAAUGAAAAAUGAAUAUAUUGAAAAUUUUAUUCAAAUUACUAUAUUCUGAGCAAAGUUAUGACUGUUUGAAGAUUAUGCGUAGAUUGUUUAUUAUUGUAGAAACGUAGGGGUGAUGAUUUUCCGUGAUCGCGGAAAAAACGCGGAAAUCGCGGAAUUGUCCACUCAAAACGGAAUUUGAAAUCUCACACGGAAAAAGACGGAAAAGCCGAUAUUUGCUGAUACUAAACACAAACUCAAAAUAAUUUUGCAGUUAUCCAAGUAUUUCAUCUUUUUAUUCAUAAAAAUCGGAAAUAUUGAAUGAUAUCGCGUGGUUUUGUUACUGUCUAUUUUAGUAUUUCGCUACUUUCAUUUCAUCAUUUAGGAAUCAUAAUUUUAAUCGAAACGAAAACCCGUCUUUCAUGUAUCCCAUUAUAAAAUUACUCUGUAGUUUAACUUGAAUUAAACAUUGUAAUGUAUAUAUAUGUCUUAAAAAAAACUUCUGUCACUUCAUAAAAGUAAAAAUCGUUUCAUUUACGUCUUAUUUUACUGCCGGGCUCGUGACUCGUGUUUAACCACGUGACAUCAGAAAUAUACCGUAGCCUUGUGAAUCCAGCCCUUAUUCUCGAAGAAACGGUAGUAACUACGAAGAUGUCUGGAUAAAUCGCGACUACACCUAGCAGCUGAGAAAAAUGGCUUCGUCUGCUAAAAAGAUGAAACGAGCUCACAAGAUGUAAUUUUCUGUUAUUUAAUUCGGGAAACUGGUUUAAAGAAUAACUAGUCAUUGAACAUUACAAGUCAUUCACAAUUCAACAUUUGUUGUCCCCCGCCUUUCGAAGAAAGCAGGGGACUAUUAAAAUGGGUUCGUCCGUCUGUCUGUCCGUCUGUCUGUCCGUCUGUCCGUCCGUCUGUCUGUCCGUCUGUCUGUCCGUCACACUUUUUGGGACACAAUAACUCUCUUCCUAAUUGAGCUAGAAUGUUCAAACUUGGUGUAUGUGUUUAUUAGGUCAAUGCCUUGAUGGAGUUCGAAGAUGAGCAUUUUCCGCUUAGGGUAAGCAGAGAUAAGCAAUUUGAUUGGUUGAUGCUUUGGGACACGAUAACUCUCUUCCUAAUUGGGCUAGAAUGUUCAAACUUGGUGUAUGUGUUGAUUAGGUCAAUGCCUUGAUGGAGUUCGAAGAUGAGCAUUUUCCGCUUAGGGUAAGCAGAGAUAAGCAAUUUGAUUGGUUGAUGCUUUGGGACACGAUAACUUUUAAUUGAGCUAGAAUGUUCAAACUUGGUGUAUGUGUUUAUUAGGUCAAUGCCUUGAUGGAGUUCGAAGAUGAGCAUUUUCCGCUUAGGGUAAGCAGAGAUAAGCAAUUUGAUUGGUUAAAACUUUGGGGCACGAUAACUCUCUUCCUAAUUGAGCUAGAAUGUUCAAACUUGGUGUAUAUGUUGAUUAGGUCAAUGCCUUGAUGGAGUUCGAAGAUGAGCAUUUUCCGCUUAGGGUAAGCAGAGAUAAGCAAUUUGAUUGGUUGAUGCUUUGGGACACGAUAACUUUAGUUCUAAUUAAGUGAGAUUGAUGAAACUUGGUGUAUAGUUUCAUUACAGUAAUACCUUGACUAAGUUUGAUAAUGAGCAUUUUCUGCUCAGGGUAAGCAGAGCGAUACGCAAUUUGAUUUUUAUAUGUGUCCUCUAAUUAUUUUCCUAUUUCGGCGGGGGACAUCAGCCUCACUGUUGGCUUGUUAUCAUUGGUUUAAAAUGGUCCGUUUUGUAAUAAAAGGCAUUUUAAGAUGUUUUAUUCAUUUAUUCAUAAAAUAACAUUUUAUCUCGAAAAAACGGAAUAUGGUCAGCUCUGAAACGGAAAAUAACGGAAUUAAAAAUACUUAAAACGGAAUAUGCCAUUUUCUGAAACGGAAAAUCAUCACCCCUAGAAACGGUACUUGAGAAAAAGAGGCCAAGUCUCGAUUAUCCAUUUUAUUGUUAAAUUUUUAAAACUAGCUAGUUUUUAAUCCAUUUAAAUCUCAGUCAUCCAAUGGGCUAGCGAGUUAAUUACAGGCUUAUCAUAUGAAUAAAUGUCUAAAUAAUAUGUUAUAUAACAUUUCAAACCAAAAUAAUAACCUGCAAUAGGCCGAUUUAGCUCUUACAUAAUGCAUCUUUAAGACUUUAUUUUCAGGAAUUAAAAGUAAAUUGUGCUUUGAAUAUCCAUUUCGUGCUACUUUCAGUAUAUAAUAUAUUCAUUUAUACUGCAAUGUCUAAAAUACAAAAUAUUAAAUUUAGCCCACCCAUAUUUUUGUUAUAGAAUUUGAGCCGAUAGUUUGAAAUUAAACUCACUGCCUAUGAAACUUUGAUCACCAUUUUCAGCUUGUUUCUGUUUGUUCCUUGUGUUACCGAUUGCCAGUUAUACAGGGUCAAUUCUAAAUGAACAUUAAAUUACCUCAGACAGGGUGGUAGGAACAUCUUUCAAUUAUCUAUUUAUUUUAGACCUUGGGAGACGAGAACCUUAUCACUUUGUUUUCUUUAAUCAAAUCACUUAAAGAUACAUUAUGUAAGAUUUAGAUAAAGUGCUGGAUGUGCUUUCUAUAAUAGUUCAAAAUAUCAUUCAGAUUACUAUAUUCUGAGCCAAAUUAUCAAUGUUUGUAGUUUUGACAAGAUGCGUGUAUUGAUUGUUAUGUACACCCACAUUGAAAUGUGGUCGUAUAUUGUUGUCGCCGGCCUUCUAUCCACAAUUGCUUGUGGACACUCUAGAGGCUAAAGUAAAUAUUCAGAUGAUUUUAAAUUUAUACACAGACAAAGAAGCCUAUUGAUUUUCAGCAAUUUCCGAUAAUUACUGCCAGAGUUAUUGCCCUUCAUCACUUUGAAAAAUCUUGUGGACGCUCUACAGGCUAAAGUUAACAUCCGAUUGACUUUAAAUUUAUACACAGUGUUUAAGGUCAUCAGAUAAAGAAGCCUAUUGAUUUUCAAUGAUUUCCGAUGAUUACCACAAGAGUUAUGGCCCUUGAUCACUUUGAAAUAUCUUGUUGACCCUCUAGAGACUAAAGUUUAUAUUCGAUUGACUUUAAAUUGAUACAGUGUUUAAGGUCAAGCGACGAAGAACCCUAUUGAUUUUCAACGAUUUCCGAUAAUUACUGCCAGAGUUAUGGUCCUUGAACACUUUGAAAAAUCUUGUGGAUGCUUUAGAGACCAUAGUUAUCAUCUGAUUGAUUAUAUAUUUAUACACUGUGUUUACACAUAUAUUAUCAUUUCAGUUGAAUUUAGGUUGAUACACAGAGUUUAAAGGGACAAUAACACUCUUGCUGGCUUGAAAGCUCCAGAAAAUAAAUAAUAUCUCUAUCUAAGUACUAGAUGUUUAAGUGUCCUACCUGUUGUGCAAAUUAUCCAUUACAUCCUAUUUUACUUGUCCAGAGGGUUUGAAAAUAUUUUUAAAUCGAAGUUUCAUUUGAAAAGGUUUACGUUAGACAUUUCAAACCAUUAUGUUGAAUUUUCCAAAAUUUUUAAAUAAGGUGUGUAAUGAUGAAAUUUGUAUCAUCAAUUAAUUGAAAUAUUCUAAAAUAGUACAAUUUGUUGACCAGAAUAAAGAUUGGGACAUAUUAUUCAGUUACAACAAGAGUGGUAUUGAGCCUUUAAGUAUAUUGAUUUUCAAUGAUUUUUGAUAACUUGAACAGCUUAAUCCAUGAUAUUAAAUGUUUUGUAUGCUAAACGUUAUUAGCAUGGGCCAAACAAAUUCUAAUGAUUUUCUGAUAAUUACUUAAUGAGUUGUUACCCUUAAUCAGAUUUUAGUGUAUUAUAAAUGUUUCAUUUCUGACAGAAGUAAAAAUAUGCGACAACUCAUGUUGACUGCCCAGACGAUUUAGCCGCUGUGGGCGUAUGUUUCGUUGUCUGGCAACCUAUCUUUAACUAUUAUAGAGAGAACUGUCAGCUCUUUAUCUAAUCUUACCUAAUGCCCCUUUAAGUUUAAUAAUUAAUCAACUUAUGUAUACAUUUAGUAUAUAGGUGAUAAAUUGUUAGUGAUAAAUUGUUAUGCUAAAUGUAUGCUUAAUUGGUAUUUAGGGAUACAGAAUUGUCUGGUGAAAUUGUAAUGUUAAUUUGCAAAAUUACUAAUUACAUUGUUUAAAAUCAAACUGAUUUUAUAUGCCAGUAGUCCUCACUGUUCACACAAUGCUAUAUAUCAAACCAUCUUUAACAAAACAAAUUAUAGAUGAAACAAAUAGUAAAUUCUACCUCACCUCUUAAGAUUAGCUAGAUUUUUGUUUGCAUAAAAUUUGACUGAUUUUAUUUUUUUUUAUCAAAAUAUCAUUCUUUGGUUCAGGUCAACAUAAAGUAUUGAAUUGGAUUGAUAUGAUGUGAUAUUUCAAUUAGGAAAGAUCAAGCAGAAGUCGGCAUUUGUACUAGUUUUAGUUUUUGGCUUCACAGUUGGUUUUGGCUUUACCUGUACACAUAAGAUUUUCUACAAAACAAAUCUAAUUUAAUCAACAUUUUUAUUUUUGACCCCAGUCAAAGUGAUCUAAUCAUUUUAAGUGUUUUUACAUGUAUGAGUAUUUAUUAUGCUUCAUUGUGUAAUUCUUUAAAAUACCUUGUCUCUGAUCAAUUUUAUUGACAAUCAUUUGAACUUGAACGAUUCUAUUUUAAUUCAUGAUUUAGCACCAUAUUUUUUAUACAUUCAAGAUGACAAAACAAAAAAUCAAAACAUUUCUAUUACCUCUGAUUUGAAAAACAAAUUACUAAAAAAAAAACAAAACAA